CAAUCUUGAGGUGAAAUGAUGUCACUCCUGCGUUAGUGGCCCCUCAGCAACCGUUGCUUUGGCAACCCUGCCUAUUAUUUGUGGUCUUUCAGCUACUUCUCUUCUUCCCUCCAGCUCUCCCCCAUUUCUGUCAUUUUCCCAAGCUUUGCUUACCAAAAGAAAGCCUCAGUCCUGUACGGAGAGACUGGACAGAAACACUGCAACAAUACACUGCAGGAGAAUAUUUAAUCAUCCUGACCCACUGGAGAGAAGCGCAUCCAAGAUGCCAUCAAUCACUCACCUGGCCUCUGCGAAUCCACUGUUGUCCACCAUUGUCGAGGCUACCCCUUCACCUGUCAGCCUUCAGCUCAAAACCACACGUCUCCCACGGUGGGAUGGAUACAUGGAAUGGAAUUUAUUCCUGGAUCUCUUCACGUUAUGCUUCAUCAUCCUGGCAUUCUUGGCUUCCUUCUGUGCCAUGUGUUUCGAAAGCUACAUCUGUUCAUUGCUUGAUGACCCAAAAACAGCAAUCAAAAACUACCAAGAUCCUGAGGACGCCACCUUUAAGUACAACUCUCCAGAAAAACAGCCAGUAGGGAACACUGUUUGACAUUUUAGACUACAAAACGUUAUGUACAAUGAUGAUUAAACUCUGAUGUGAUUAUAUAUUGACUUAUGACUGACUGCAAUGCAUUUUAAACUGAAACAAAAUAUUUACUUUUAAGUUCUUUCUUGCAAGUUUAUCCAAGAGCUUAGGCAACGUGUAAAAAACCCUGCACGCAAAUGAUAAAAUAUAUGUGGGCGUUACCUCUAUCCAAGUAAAAUUAUGUUCAAUGAAAGCGUGUAAAGUGUAUGAUCAUUUCAAUUUGAAUGUGAACGUAGAUGUUUAUGAAUAAAGAAAAACAACAACAAAUGGAUCCAC